AUGGCUUUACAGUGUGAGAAGGACCUCCUCCGCCUUCUUCGCAGUAGUGUCAAUGCGAAUACCAGCAAUAAUGGUAAUCCCACACCUCAACUCGCCCCUGUUGAUAUCAUUGCCGCACUACACGCCGCACUUGCCACUCACGCUGGAGAAUAUUAUGAUGCCCAUUGUCAUGCAUUUCUCAGUUACGUGACAAAAUUGCAGGAAUUUGGAUUUACAGCCGUAAAACAGGAGAAGUGUAGUUUUGCGAUGCCGCAGCGGGAUGGAACGUUAACAGAGUUUUUUCCAAAUGGUGCUGCUGUUGAGGUAACGGCUGCAAACUAUUCAUACUUUUUGAGAUUAUAUUGGAAAUGGCAGCAGGAAAUCAUACCAGAUGUACAAGACUUUCCAAUUGCCCCAUUAUUACACCUUGGUGGAAAUUAUUACCCUAUUGCAAUCCUUAUAGUAGAUUACUUGACAAAUAUAAACUCAGAUUGGUGUAUACGAAAUGAGAAUGAUUGGAAUGCUCUUCAAGUGACCUACUGUAUACCAUUUGCUGGAGAAUUACAUGAUAUACGACCGGGAACACGAAAUGAUCCUGUUCCCUUUUCAAAAGCCAGACGAUUUGGAUUGGAUGCUAAGAAAUCAUUACAACAACUUAUGGAUGCCGCUCACAAUUCCGCUUGGUCUUCUACUCUCUCAGAAGAAGAAUCUCAACAACAACAACAGCUCUCAUUAUUGUCUCAUGGAUAUUUGGAUUUUUUACGUUCCUUAGAUAGUGUAAACAAACCUAUGGGUAUUUCAAUGACAGAAGAGGAAUUCAACAAUCUUAACCUCACAUACAGUAUACCACUCAAUAACACAUUUGUUCCACUCAUUUCUGAUAAUGAUAAUGAACCUGUAAAGUUGGAAGAUAAAGAUCGUUUUAUAGCUUUGGCCAGAUCAAAAAUAAUGGAAUCUAUAAAUGUUGAAACUAGAUCCAGUAACAAUAUUUCUAGCUGUUGUUCUCAUUUAAAAGAAAUGCCUUCACUGGAAGAGAGUUUUUGGAAUGUUAUUGAAAGUAUUAGGAAGGACCCAACAUCUGGUCCUGGUCUCUGUUUCUCAAUCCGAAUUCUAGAUCGUGAUGUUCUUCUUAAAGAAGAUGGUGCUAAUAUUGCGGUUACCAAAGAGAAUGUAGAAGAGUAUGUUAAUCUUAUCUACAAAAUGAGAGAUAUGAUUCAUGCCGCCUUUGUUGAAGAUGAAGUUAAAAAUAGUCAUCACAGUUUUUCUACAAUUUCUUCAUUAAACUCCUCUGAAGCUAAAAGGCGAUCAUUAGAGCAGUACCCACCACAUAAUUCUGCAGAGUGGAAUAAUUUUACUUUAGAUCCAGAUGAUUUAAAAAAUGAAGUAUUUCAAAUUUUACAAAAUAUUCAACUUAAUAAGAAUAUGAUGAAACCAGAAGAUUAUGGUGGUCCAUUUCUUACUUUUGUUAUUCCAACAUAUGGAAAAGGAUUAUAUAAACUACUUCCCAAUGGAAACUCUAUUCCUGUUACAUGGUCAAACCAUGAAGAGUUUUUAGAACGACUGGAGUUUGAAAAACAACGUCUUGAAGGUAUUCUCUUGGCUCAGCGACUGUAUACAUCUAAGCGAAAACAACAAAAGCAGCAGUCAACAAAUUCGGGUUCGUUUGUAAAGAUGCUUCCAGGUGACUGGAGUCUUCCUGUUUGUCAGCGCAGCUCAACACUUCCCUUGCAAAAAGAGACAAAUCAAAAUAAAAGUGAACAUAAAAAAUUAUUAAAUCAUCCUCCACCAGAAACUAUGAAUGCAGCGGCUAUCACCACACUUGAUGAAAUUGACAUGUAUGAAAAAAAUCUCAGAACUCUUCAAAAUGGAAAAGAUAAGAUUUCACUUAAAGUGUUUGAGGAUUUUGGUCUUCGGUAUGUGUUGACUGUGGGUGGAGAGAAGAUUGAGUUAGUGAAGGGUGGUAAACGACGUCUUGUGUGCGUUCAGGAUUUAGAUACGUACGUGAAUCUGGCGGUGGAUAAAUUAAGUGAGAUACGACGUUGUAUUCUCUCGCAGGUCCAGAGAAAUGACAGUGAAGUUCAUGUAUCAUAA